UUGACGCACACAGAGUUGUCAGUUGCAGGUCAACUUUUGUAAAUGUUGUAAACCCACAACUCCCAUUAAAUCAAUUCGACAACGACAGACACAUUGGAGAACUAGGAAUCGCUUUGCGCUGCCGUUGACGACAUGUGCGCCAAGAGCAUCGAAAUAACCGCCCGCGAGACGGGCGGAGGAACUGCUGUCGUCUCUUUGCGCCAGAACGAAUUGAUCAGCAAUCUGCGUGCUCUGGUCGCAGUGCGUUUCGAGCAGGCCAUCGACAUGAUAAUGCUGAUCUUUGGUGGCCAGGUGCUGCUCGAUGUGGGCACCAUCGAUCGCCAAGGCAUCACCGAGGGCGUCACGGUGCACGUUCUCUUCCGUCCGUUGCGCCAAGAGAAGAAGAGCAGCUCCACAACGGACUUGAAUCUUUCGACAAAGUACUUGUCGAAAAAACGCUUGGAGAUGCUGAAGAAUGUGGACUUCUUCCAGCCGCUGCUCGAUGAUCCGGCUACGCUGCGGGACAUGAUGUAUAGCGAUGGACGGCUUCGCAAGUUGCUGGACGAGAGCGCCUCGUUUCGUCACUACAUGAGCAGCGAUCGCAAUUUGCGUGAGUUCUUCUCCACACUCUUCAAUCCGGCCAAGGUGCAGGAGCAGGGACGCAGGCGGGACAUUCACAUUUUGCGCAUGGAGUGGGUGCCUGGCAGCUACUCGGUGCUGAACAAGAUAACCUCCUUUUUGAACAGCACUCAGGAGGACAACGUGGCCGCCAACUACCAGAACAUCGCUGCUGGCCAACACUCUGGGGACAAUCCGCAACGUGGACGUGAGAAUUGUUUGCCUUUGCCGAAUCCCUGGCUGCGCGAACCUCCCGUAACCGGACAAACCCGACGCCCAGGGCGCAUGGGGAAAGGUCUGAAGAGGAAGUGCCAUCGUCUCAUCAAAUCGGAUGACACCAAGAUGCUGCGCUAUGCCAAGGAUUGGUCUGCAUUCGAUGAUUACUUUGCAAACGCCAACUCGACGGAAUCGAGCAACUCGGAUGCUCUGGAUCCACUCUUUGAUCGCUCGCUCAACAUCUUUGACUUCAUGUCCACCAACGACUCGCGCUGGGAGCAACACUUUCGCUCCGAGCUGCUGGAACUGGAUGCCUUGGGACACACUAAUCAACAGCGCAACAUCAGCGCCCUCCUCAUGUCCUUUGGGGAUGUGAAGUUGGCCUGCAAGCUGCUCCAGAAGUGGAACCGUUAGCACACUCCACACUCGACAGACUACCAAAUACUACACUGCAUUUCAUCAACUGUUUAGUUUAAAUUGUUUUUGGUUGCUUAUACUGUUUGUUGUCCCCUUCAUAGCUCGCUGCUUUUCCGACAUCCUCAAGGUCUUCUCUUUUCAUUGUUCAAUCCAAUGCAUGCCAGCAAAGAGUUAAA